AUGAACCAGCAGUCACAGCAAUAUCAGCCGGCGCGCCGACCAAGUGCCUAUGCCUCCCACGGCGACGAGCUUCACAUGUCGGCACACCAGGCCCACUUGUCGUCGCCCCGCGAGUACGCGUCCUCCGGCGCACCACAUAUCAAGCUCGAGCAGAUGCCCUCGAGCCCCCCCAACAUGCAGAGCUAUCAAAGCGCUGGUGCCGUACCCAAUGUUCUGCAACCCGGAGGCAUGUCGUCUCGUCCGCCCGUCAUGCAGUCCAACACAGCUCCCACUCUCCCCACGAUGCAGCAGUCCGCCGACUACAAGUCCCACGGCUAUGAGCGCUCCAGCCCUGCUACCCUGGCCUCAAAUUCCUAUGACGGCGGCAACUCGCCUUAUGCCGCCUACAACCCGACUCCUCCAGGUGGCAGCUCUUCGUCGCAAUACAUGUCUCCCGCAAGCACCAACAAGUACGCGGCCGCUUCGUCAUCUCGCAACGUCUCCAACACCCCGCUGGGACUGUCUGAUAUCCGGCCUCGGGCCGACUCCACCCUCUCUGAUGGCAUGCUGCCCGGUAGCCAGGCCUACGAGUUGGCCAAUCCCCAGUCUCGCACCAGCAACUACAUGGCCCCUUGGGCUACGUACUCGUUCGACUGGUGUAAGUGGCGUCCCAGCGCAAACAGUGCCGGGAAAUUGGCCAUUGGCAGCUACUUGGAGGAUGGCCACAACUAUAUCCAGAUCUUGGAGGCCAAUUUGACGCAGACACCACCCGAUGUAUAUGUCCCGGGCACCUCCAAGUACUCCAUGGACUUCACGCGCACCGCCGAGGCCACACACUCAUACCCCGUAACGCGCCUGUUGUGGGAACCUCCUUCAUCCCAGAAACAAUCCACAGACCUGCUUGCUACCUCAGGGGACCAUUUGCGGCUGUGGUCACUUCCAGCUGACCCCGUGGUCCCCACCAGUGGCUCUUCGAUCACGUCGAGAAGCGGCCGUGACGCCCCCAUCACCAAGCUCACUCCCCUAGCCCUCUUGUCCAACUCCAAGACGCCUGAUCAUACAGCUCCUCUGACCUCGCUCGACUGGAAUACCGUUCAGCCUAGCUUAAUCAUCACAUCAAGUAUCGACACUACGUGUACCAUCUGGGAUAUCCCAUCGUUGACGGCCAAGACUCAGCUUAUCGCCCACGAUAAGGAGGUGUACGACGUUCGCUUCUGCGCAAACAGUGUAGAUGUGUUUGUAAGCUGUGGCCAGGACGGCAGUGUGCGCAUGUUCGAUCUCCGAAGCCUUGAGCACAGUACUAUCAUUUACGAGCCCACAGGCAAGGAAGAGCGUGAUGCCAAUGGCGGCCGGAUCAGUCCUACGCUAGCUCAGCAAACCAUGUCGCAUCCCCCACCCCUCCUGCGACUGGCCACGUCUCCGCAUGACCAACAUUUACUCGCAACUUUUGCGAUGGAUUCCAAUGUAAUCAGGAUACUCGACGUUCGCCAACCAGGGCAGGCGUUGCUGGAGCUUCGGGGCCAUGGGGGUUCCUUAAACUGCAUUGAGUGGUCGCCCACCCGGAGAGGCACGCUUGCUUCGGGUGGUGACGACUGCCAGGUGCUCAUUUGGGACUUGCUCAACCAGCCCUCCGGAUUGACCCCGGCAGGCCAGCCUGAUAACGUGAGGAGUCCUGUGGCUAGUUGGCAGUGUGACUACGAGGUCGGGAACCUUGGAUGGGUUCCUCCAAUGGGCAAUGGUGAGUAUGGCGAUUGGUUGGGAGUCAGCGCAGGGCGCGGUGUCUGGGGUGUUCGGUUCUAG